AUGCCGAAGAAGGAGGAAAAGGCGGUAAAAAAAGACGUGGUGGUAAAGGAGGAAGACAGCAACGCUGACACCAGCGAGAAUGAAGAGGAACUCAAUUGGUGGGAGCAGGAAAACGUCCACUUCACCACAAAGGGCGAGAAGCGGUGGGACACGUUGUGCCAUAACGGCGUCAUGUUCCCGCCGGAGUACAGGCCCCACGGCCUCCCCAUCUACUACGAAGGCCGUGAAUUCAAGAUGACACCAGAGGAGGAGGAAGUGGCGACGAUGUUUGCUGUGAUGCGGGAGCAUGACUAUUACCGAAAUGAAAUAUUUCGCCGCAACUUCUUCCACAGCUGGCGGGAGAUACUUGAUAAGCGCAAGCACCCAAUUCGACUCCUGGAGCUGUGCGACUUUGAGCCUAUCUACCAGUGGCACCUGCGUGAGCGUGAGAAGAAACAAAACCGCACUCGGGAGGAAAAGAAGCAGCUGAAGCUCGAAGCGGAGGCGGAUGCGGAACCGUACAAGUGGUGCUACUGGGACGGCAAGAAGGAGCAGGUGGCAAACUUCCGCGUGGAGCCACCAGGGCUCUUCCGCGGGCGUGGGCAGCACCCAAUGAUGGGAAAGCUGAAAAAGCGCGUUCGGCCCGAGGAUAUCACGAUCAACAUAGAUGAGUUCUCGCCCAUCCCCGAGCCGCCUGCUGGGCACCGCUGGAAGGAAGUGCUCCACGAUCACAACGUGACAUGGCUCGCAAUGUGGCGUGACUCCAUUAUUGGCAACUUCAAGUACGUCAUGCUCGCACCGUCGUCAACGAUUAAGGGUCAGUCGGAUAUGCUUAAGUUUGAGAAGGCCAGGCAGCUGAAGAACUACGUUGAUGAUAUCCGCGCGUCUUAUACCGAGGAUUUCAACUCACGCGACGCAAUGAAAGCCCAGCGCGCUGUGGCCACAUAUUUCAUUGACAAGCUUGCGCUUCGUGUGGGUAAUGAAAAGGGGUCCGACGAGGCUGACACGGUAGGCUGCUGCUCCCUUCGCGUGGAACACAUUGAACUUAAACCCGGUCAUGUAGUGAAGUUCGACUUUCUCGGCAAAGAUUCGAUCCGUUAUGAGAAUGAGGCCGUGGUACUUCCCCAGGUUUAUGAACUGCUCCGCCGAUUCACGAAAGGGAAGAAGCAACACCACGAUAUAUUUGAUUUAAUUACACCCGCGGUGCUCAAUGACCACCUGAAAUCGUUCAUGAGUGACCUAAGCGCGAAGGUAUUUCGUACAUACAACGCAUCCAUCACACUAGACCGCUGGUUCAAGGAGAAGCCAGUGCCACCGUCGUCCUCGUUGGCAGACAAACUCGCGUACUUCAACAAGGCCAAUACCGAAGUUGCCAUUCUAUGUAACCAUCAAAAGUCAAUACCGAAGAACCACCGAAACACGAUGCACCAGCUUACAACUAAAUCAAGCUACACGCGCAGGAUUAUAGAGUCUCUCAAACGUGCCAAAGAGACGGCGCAGAAGAAGUCGUUGGAGCAGGCAGUAAAGGAGUUCUUCGCGGAGCAGGAUGAGAUGCAGUACAAAUGGCUCGAGGCGUACGGCACGGAAGAGCAAAAGAAGGAAUAUGACGAGAUCGUUAAGAACCGUGGUAUGCCGCGCCUGAGGUCUUCCAGAACAAAAUCAAGUUCCAACGGCUCUAAGGGUAAAGGCAAGAAGAGCCGCAGCGGCAGUAAGAGUAAGAGUAAGGGCGGAAAAAAGAAAUCACAAAAGUCCACAAGAUCUUCUACCAAGAAAAGCUCAGGGAAUUCGAAGAAGUCACCAGCCACAAAACGGAACAGUAGAAAUGCGAAGAAGGAAGAAACUGACUCCGACGAUGAUGACGAUGUGCCGCUCUCCACCAUUCUGGCGAAGGCGAGCAGCGGCAGCAGCAACACUGCAACAAAGGUUGAAAGGAAAGGUGUGAAGCGUGGCCGCAACGGGAACCCUGCGGUGAAAGCAGAAGAAAGCGAUGAUGACGUUCCCAUCAGUGCGCUGUGCUAA